UCGUCACUUACGACUCGAUCACGAAUAUAUCCGUGACUCGAUGCUUGGAUUUUCUUUCCGUGAUUCUGUUUAUUAAAAGUGAUUUUGCUGAGGACUUCCGCGUGCUUAGUAAAAUAAUAAUUUCAAGAAAUAAUAGGAUAUGGAAUUCAACGUGUGGCAUCUGUUAGUUAUAAGUUUGCUGCAUUCCACUAGCCAUGCUCUUGAUAAUGGACUGGCUUUGACACCACCUAUGGGGUGGUUAUCUUGGGAAAGGUUCCGCUGUCAGAGAGACUGCAUACAAUUUCCAGACACUUGUGUGAGUGAGAAACUCUAUAUGGCAAUGGCAGACAGGAUGGUAUCUGAUGGCUACAAAGAUGCUGGCUAUGAGUAUGUCCAUAUUGAUGACUGCUGGGCAGCCUCCAAGCGUGAUGACAGUGGUCGUCUUCAGGCAGAUCCUGUGCGCUUUCCAAGUGGAAUUAAAGCACUUGCUGACUAUGUUCAUGCUCGAGGUCUGAAACUAGGAAUUUAUACAGACAUUGGCUAUGCAACAUGCAUGAACCUUCCAGGAAGUGAAUUUUACAUGCAGACUGAUGCCAAUACCUUCGCAGAGUGGGGUAUUGAUCUUGUGAAAACAGAUGGGUGCUAUGCAGAUUUUCAUGAGAUGGAUGUGUCAUAUCCCACCUUUGGUUUUUUCCUGAAUAAGACUGGGAGGCCUAUGGUUUACUGCUGCAGCUGGGUUGCUGCACAAGUAGUUCACCAGAUUAAACCAAACUAUCAGAAAGUUCGACAGUACUGUAAUGUGUGGCGGCAAUACUGGGAUGUUCAAGACAGUUGGCAGAAUGUCCUUAACAUUAUAGACUUCUAUGGCAACAAUGCUGGGGACUUUGCAAAUUUUUCUGGUCCAGGUGGUUUUUCAGAUCCUGAUGAGCUGAUAGUUGGGGACUUUGGAUUAAGCUACUACCAACAGAAGGCCCAGUUUGGACUGUGGGCUAUGCUUGCAUCACCUUUGUUUAUGUCUGUAGAUCUGCGAACAAUAAACCCACAAGCAAAAUCAAUCCUCCUUAACAAGAGAGUCAUUGCAAUAAAUCAGGAUCCACUUGGGCAGCAAGCAGUUCGUCUUUAUGAAGUGCCAGGUUCUGUAUCAGUAUGGGUGAAAGCUCUCUAUAACAAGGGAAGCUUUGCUGUGGCUUUCCUGAACAAGGAUGAUCAGGGCACACCUGCUUACUUCAAGAUCUCCCUUGGAGAUUUGGGUCUGACAAAUUUAAAUGGAUACAAUGUUACAGAUGAAUUUGAAGGCACUAGCAUAGGCAUUUUUAAGCCCACAGAAACCUUUUAUGUAAGUGUUGAUCCAACAAGCAUACUUCUUACCAAAGUUGUGCCGCUUUAAGAUAAAAUCAUUUAUUGUUCAAGAAAUCUGAUGUUUUUGGUGUCCACAAAUACAUACAGCAAUUACAUAUUAGCAAUCAUCUUGAAUAUGUACAGUUAAAAUUUUAAAAAAUCUUCUCAGCAGGUAAUUGUAAAUAGUUACAGACAUAGAAUAAAAAAUUUGUUGUAAAAUACAUGGUUAAACCAAACUGUAUUUGCUCAAGUCCUUACAUUCCAUAUUUAAAAGUCUUUUGAUGGAAAACACAUUGUGACCACUUUUGUUAUUGUGUCUGCAUUAUUUCAUUGCAUUAUUGCGCAUUUUGUGUGAGGGAGAGAAAAUGUUUUUAACACCUGAUCAAGUCUAUGUCAUGGCUGUAUAGCGCCUUAUGGGCAAGCUCAAAUAAUUUUUUUAAAGCACAGUCUAGUUCAUAUAUACAGCCAGUAGCUAUCUUUCACUCAUUUACUGGGUGCUUGGCAUUCUCGAUAUCUCAUGACCACCCAAAAAAUAACCAAAAGCUCCUUGGUAUCCAGAUUUUCUGCCCUGUUGUCAGUCUCCUGAUACAAUUUGCAUUCUGUUCCCUCAGAGCAAUUGCCACAGGUCUUGUUGCAGUCAAGGCCAAACAAUCCCAUACAGCAAAAUUUUUUACAGAAGAGUAACUGUUAUCUAGAGCAUACCUUGUCUCACAUCUGCCGUCAUAGAUGGUGUUACACAGACUCUGUUCAGUACAGGUGCCGCAUAUGUCGUUGCAAUUGUUGCCUUAUAUACAAACUCUGCAAGAGUCAUUACAAUAACUUCCUCGAUAUCAAGGCAUGCAGCCCAUUGGACAUGCUCCUGGUUCAAUGUUGCAGUUGCACACACGCGGCCACAGUUGUGACCUUAUGAAAAGUUGCUGCAAACCUCUUUACACUAGGGUAGCUUGUAUCCUGUUGCACAUCUUUUGUCACAGCUGUGACUGAAAUUUGGCAGCCUUAGAUUUACUGUACAUUCUGUGCCUGCUUACUGGCAUUGUAGAGACAAACCAUAAUGCAUUUUAUUAUCAUUUUGAUUGUAUUAUGUUGGAUCUCUUACAGAAUAUACAGUAUGAAUGUUUGGACUUUUGCUGGAGUAAUAAGUGUUUUAAGUGCAUAAGAAAAUUAUUGUGCACUAAAGGUUUUGCCCUGUUGAAGUGUUUUAAAAAGGAUCUAGCAUUUUGCUUAAUGAGGUCAACAGAUAACACCUGUUAGCUGUAUUUUUCAGGGAUGCUUUAUCAAACAUCCCAAUGGUCCUAUUGUAUCAUUUUUGCCUUUUAUUUUAUUACCUUUUGUACAGAUGGAUUUGUUCUUAACUGUCUGUAAUAAAAGGAAAACUUACAUAAAAUGCAUGUUGAUGGC